UCUCUGUCUCCUGUCUUUCCCUCAGUGUUCAAGCCCUGAGCUUUAUCACAUUUUGCAACUACUGGAUGUCCUUUUGAGGAAACAUUUUUUUUUGUAUUUUUUUUCCCUUUGUAGAAUUCUUUAAAGUUUCCAGCUGUCGUUGUCAGUGCUCUGUGGCAGUCAGGAUGCAACCGUUGGUUUUGAAGGUCCUCUGCGCCACUCUGCUGCUUGUAGCUGUGGUGCCCGCUGUGUACUCACAGUCAGAUUGUUCUCAGGCCGAGUCAUGUGACCUGUGUGUUGGAGUCUCCAUGCUCAACCUGACAGGCUGUGUCUGGAGGCUUUGUCCAACUGGUAAUGAUACAGGCAGUUGUAUGACUGAUCAGGGUGACUCCGCAGACACCGCCAUGAACUGCAGCUGGACUAGAGUGUCUGAAUUGUGCACAGUUGUAGAGACUGUGGCUGAUGGAGGAGGUGGAGGUGACUCAGGGGAUGGAAGUAACCCCAAUCCAUCAUCAGAGUUCUCCCAGGCCAAGUUUGACAUGUCCAGCUUCAUCGGCGGCAUAAUAUUGGUGCUGUGUCUGCAGGCGGGGGGCUUCUUUGCCAUGCGCUUCCUCAAAUCCAAAGAGCAGAGCAGCUAUGACCCCAUAGAUCAGCCAGCACCACAGUGAAGUGUAAAGGACAAACAAACGAGCCUAGAGGACAGUCGAGCAGUGACUCAUCGAUUUGUGACGACAAGAGUGUUUUUUUUUUCUUUCUGAGCCCCUGUCAUUCUUGGUUUGGUCCCUAUAAUGUUUCCCCUUGGGGAAUGGGUGUGUUAUAAAGUGGACUUUUUUCUCCCCAGAAUAAUGUAUCAUUCAUGUUUAGUGUGUUUGUAUAGUAUUUAUAUGUCAAAGAAAUGUGGCUGUUAAUUUUCACAAAAUCAGACAAAUAAGAAAAAAAAACAGCUUUAAUGUCUUCGCUUUGUGAGCUAAGAUAUUACGUUUAAGUGAUAACCUCUUCAAAACAACCUGUAUCUGAAUUAACCAAGAUUUU